AUGAACCCUUCCGAGCCGCAGAGGCACGACAUUCAUGACCCUAACAAGGCGCCUGCCAUGACCCUUCGUAAUCCAAUCCAUCCUUCAGUUGUUGAUCAACUUGAUCCUGCCUUCGUGAGACUCUAUAACGAGUACAUCGCAAAUAGUCCUCCCUGGCCCACCGAUCUAAAUCUUGUUCGUCAGAAUUAUUCUACCCUCUAUUCUUAUGCGACCGCGCCAGCUUCAGGCGUGGGUGGCAUAGGAGAAACUCAAGUACCUGGCUGGGAUAAGUACCCAGGAGACAUCAAUGUCCGGGUCUACGUUCCACCAGGGGAAGAGCCGGGAAAACGCAAGACAUGGCCAGUUCAUUUCAAUUUCCACGGUGGUGGUUGGGCCGUAGGCGAUCUUGAGACCGAUGCACACAUAUGCCAUCACAUCUGCGCUUCAGUCCCUUGUUGUGUGAUCGAUAUCGAAUAUCGAUUAAUUCCAGAAUACCCUUUCCCCAUCGGUAUCAUGGAUGGGCUGACGGCUGUGGCGCACAUCCUCACAAAUCACAAAACUUUCUCGAUUAAUCCCAACGCUAUCACUCUCGGAGGCGAAUCUUCUGGCGGAACCAUCGCGCUAAUACUGAAUCAUCUUCUUCGAGACGCCGGCUAUGACGAUCAACUGAAAGCUGUCCUUAUCGGAACUCCAACCAUCAGCGAUGUCAGGAGAUACGCUACACCCGACAUGAGUCCUUGGCCAAGCAUGCGAGAGGCUGAGUAUGCUCCUCUUCUGAAUUGGGAAAAGUUGAAAUGGUUCGAUACCUUCAAAUGGAUGUCCCUCUCCAGCCAACAUCCUAGUACCAAGCCUAAGGAACAGAAGCGCGACAUUUCUUGGUUCGCAGAUGCUAUGAAUGCGCCCAAUUUCAAGAACCUCGCCCCUGUGACCUAUAUUGCGACGGCAGAAGUCGAUCCUCUACGAGACGAAGCUGAAGCAUACGCAAAAAAGGUGGAAGAAGCUGGUAACAAGGUCAUUCAGAGGAGGUUCAAGGGUGUCCCACAUCCUUUUAUGCACAUGGACCGAGUUCUUCCACAAGGCCAGGAGUAUGUUCAAGAUAUUAUUGCCUACGUCCGACAGUGCCUUUAUCCGCCUCAACCAGUGUCAGUGGUCACUCCGCCCGAGACGUAG